CACCCCUCUCUGGAUGGAUCAAGAGAAGGAGCAACAAGACAAAAACUUUGAUUCUAGAGACGCCUUAAUUCUACUUAAAAGUUAUACGUCAUGCUUCGCUAAUCAAACGUGGCAUGUGGUAGGCCAAGCCGCAUUCGUUCUCACUGUUGCUCUGCUCUUCUAGGAGGAAGUGAAAGCGCGAGGCAGGCCCAAAAGUAUUAAUAACUACAAUAAGGGAAAAGUUUAUGCACCGUUAUUUUGACAGAGCACUGAAAUCACACUCCUUCCUUGGCUGUGCCGUUUGGUGGAGAGACAAACCUAGGUUUUGAAGAUGUGGAUGUACUUUGUUGCUGCCGCGCCUGUCGUUUGGCUUGUCGUUUUACUCUCGUCUUUGUACAAUUGUCCUCAGGACAAAAUCACCAUGAGCAACUUUUUCGACCGAUGCCGACAGCAGGCACUUUACAAUGCAAUUGGAAUGAAAGCUAAUCUGGACGAUCUGUUCAAUAAGAGGAAAAAUAGAUUUGCAUUACCAAGCAAUCUAAAGGGGCGAGUUGUUGUUAUCACUGGCGGAACCAGAGGAAUAGGCGUGGAGGUUAUUCGCCAGCUCUUGAAGUGUGACAUGCAAGUUGUCAUCGGAUGUCGAAAAGUCAGCGCUGGGGAGAAAGUUGUAGAAGAAAUAAGAAAGUCUGGAGUGGAGACUGGAACGACAAAAGUAUUUGAGUGCGACACAAGUACUUUGGAUUCAACUAGAAACUUUGCUCAAAAAGUCUUGAACUCCUGCCCUAAGGUUCACAUCCUCAUCAAUAAUGCUGGUAUAAUGUUGGUGCCGUAUGAAGAAACUGUCGAUGGCCAUGAAUCUCAAUGGCAGGUCAAUUACCUGAGCCACUUUUUGCUCACGAAAUUGCUUUUACCAAGACUUGAGGAAUCUGCUAGCAAUGGUCUCAACUCUCGUAUUGUGAAUCUCUCUUCCUCGGCCCACCUCGGAGGGAAAAUCGACUUUGAUAAUCUUGAAAUGAAGAAAAACUAUGUGUCAAGCACAGCCUACGGUACGUCCAAACUGGCUCAGCUUAUGUUUACCAAAAGUCUGCAGAGGAGUUUUGACGCCCGAGGCGCACCUCUGCAGAUCCACUCAGUGCACCCUGGUGUGGUCAAUACUGAUUUGUUCAAGGGAACCUACAUUGACCGCAUGUUCCCAUGGAUGCCGAGGCUCUUGUUCAAGACGCCUACUGAAGGAGCAACUCCGGUUCUCUACGCUGCUUUAUCACCUGAUAUUGAAGGAAAAGCUUGUUCUUAUAUCAGCAAUUGUUCCGAGUACCCAGUAUUAGAUGAAGCGAAUGAUGUGGAGAAGCAGGACAAACUCUUUGAAAUCUCAUGCAAAGAUGUGGGAGUGGAAAAAUUUACUCCUUAAAAAGCACCUCAGAGUAUUAAUCCGCAGAUAUUAUAUUACAGUGAUGCAUUUACUGAUAGAACAAAUCCGAAUCGAUCAAAAUCGAACGAUUCAAUUAUUUUCUUAACACUGGUAAAGGUCUGAUUUUAUUUUAUCACAUUUUUUAACUCUAAAAAAAUAAAAGAAUGUUAUUUUACCAAA